AUGGGCCCUCACAUCCUGCAGCUCUUCAAACAGAUGCUGCUGGAGGGUCACUUCCGUAGAGCGGAUUCUGCUUCUAUAGGGCUUAGACUCUACGGCCCUUUCCAGGUGGCAGCCCUGGAACGACAGGUCUUUGACUUCCUGGGCUACCAGUGGGCUCCCAUCCUGGCCAACUUCCUCCACAUCAUGGUUGUCAUCCUGGGCAUCUUCGGAACCGUGCAGUACCGAUCCAGAUAUCUCAUCAUGUAUGCAGGCUGGCUUGUUCUCUGGGUCGGCUGGAACGCAUUCAUCAUCUGCUUCUACCUGGAAGUUGGGCAUUUGUCUCAGGACCGAGACUUCAUCAUGACCUUCAACACAUCCCUGCAUCGCUCCUGGUGGAUGGAGAAUGGCCCUGGAUGCCUGGUGACACCCGUGCUGAACUCCCGCCUGGCCCUGGAGGACCACCACGUCAUCACUGUCACUGGCUGCCUGCUCGACUAUCCCUACAUUGAGGUGCUCAGCAGCGCCCUUCAGAUCUUCCUGGCACUGUUUGGCUUUGUGUAUGCCUGCUAUGUCAGCAAAGUGUUCCUGGAGGAAGAGGACAGCUUUGACUUCAUUGGAGGCUUUGAUUCCUACGGUUACCAGGCCCCUCAGAAGACAUCACACUUACAGCUGCAGCCUCUGUACACUCUGAGGUUUGCUCAGACUGCCAAAGCCCGGGGUCCACCUCCACCAAAGGCUGAGAGGCCGUGCACGCGAAGGCUUGUAAGGACCGUCCCUAAUCAGUGCCAGGAGCAGGCGGGGAGAGGCCUCAACCAGACACGGGAGUUGGGGGCCAGGAGCGGCACAGGCCGGGGAGGGGGCUUGGUCGGGGUAGCCCCCGCCCCGGCCCUCCCCGGCGCUGGACACCGGACCCCGCCCUCUGGACUUGACCGUGCCGCCGCCGCCGCCGCGGAGCCGCCUUUCUCUUCUCGCCUGGCCCGCCUGCUGCGAGUCCAGCCCAGCCGAGCUCUGCUCUGGGCCAGGGCCCAGAGCCCACGCUGCGGGGCGGCCACCCACGGAGCCACGGACAGGAGCGCCCCCUGCCGGCCCGCGAGGACACAGCCCGACUUGGACCUACGGGCGGAGGAGGGGACUGAACCCUGA